GGGAUGAGGAGGGGUCGAAGUCUCUGAAUAGUCAAGUACAGAGGAUCGAGAAUUAGGGGGGGAAAUGUUUUAGCUUUGUGUCUUUGGUAAAGAUUAGUAAAGAUAUUAUAAUUACCAUAGGCUAAUCAUAGUACUGUUUACUAUACAGUAUAGUUUGAUGUGUAAAAUAAGGAUAGUCCAAGUGAAGUCACCCACAGAUAUCUACAGGCACUACAUGUCACCUUUAAUGCACCAUUAUUUGGUUUAAUGGCUGUAACCUAAGGUCACAUAAAGCGAAACAAUGGUGAUGGUCGCCAUAUUGGAAAUGCUGACCCAAGCCAAUAUCAGCUUCAGUUUUCAACACCAAAGGAUGCUGCUGAAAACACUCUCCUGCUACCUGCAAUCAUCCUAAUUGGGUUUCUUAAGCAUCAAAAAAGAAAAAAAGAAAGGCAUUUGAUGAAGUCCACCUUUUUGCAGAAGGUGUAAUACUUUGUUAUAUAGACAUUUUGCAGGUUUUAACUUGCCAAAUAAGGAGAGUUGCAGUCAUUUGGAACCAAACAUGUCAACAAAAAUAUUUAACAAAGUACAUUUUUUCAUUUUUCAGCACUACGGUUGUGUUUUGGUAUUAAGUGUCGCAGAGAUAUAGAUAGAUCGAGAGAUUUUCGAGUCGCACGUGAACGCAUCGCCACAGAGCGUAGUAAGGGGAACUGCAUGGAGCAGAGGACGUACACAUGGACCUGCCUCCUCACAGUCUCGAUCUAGAGUUAGCUCUCAGUCCUCAGUGAGCUCUGAGAGUCUGACAGGAUGGAGGACAUCUGCUGCUGUGAACUCAGUGCACCGGCUGCUGCUUCACUGUCUGUCCGAGCUGUGGAGACUCUGUGCGCCUUUUGACGCAAAGCUUCACUCCAGUAGGAUGAUGACAGAGUGGAUGAACGCAGAGACAAACAUUUAGUUUUUUCACCUGUGCGGGUUUACAAGAGGCAAAGAGUGUAAAAAGUAUCUCAGCAGCUGUUCAGGAGAUGUAUCUAACUUUUUUUCCAAUGCGUAAACCUGUCAGCGGACUCUGCAAAGGACUGAACACGAUGAGAACCCGAUCUCCUAGCGCCUCUGCUCCCCCUGAUCAUGAGCCCCACGCUCCGGCGCGCCCACACCGGCCCACCGAGCAGCAGUGACCGCGCCUGGAGCUCCGAGUCCGGCUGAAACAUGUUCAUCCUGUGGGUCCCGCUGAGUCUGUUCCUGAGCUUCAUCAUUUCUCAGACGUGGAGCGUUCAGUUGUCGUGGGAAAACUGGAGCGCGCAGCAGCGGAACGGAGGCAACGAGUUCAACAAGCCGAGCUCUCAGCCGCACAUCGUGUUCAUCCUGGUGGAUGAUCAGGGCUUCCGGGAUGUGGGGUACCACGGGUCUGAGAUCAAGACCCCGACCCUGGACCGGCUGGCAGCGCAGGGAGUCAAACUGGAGAAUUACUACGUGCAGCCGCUCUGCAGCCCGUCCAGGAGCCAGCUCAUGACCGGCAGGUAUCAGAUCCACACAGGCCUUCAGCACUCCAUCAUCCGAGCAACCCAACCAAACUGCCUUCCCCUGGAAAACGUCACCCUGCCCCUGAAGCUCAAGCAGGCUGGAUACUCAACCCACAUGGUCGGCAAAUGGCACCUGGGCUUCUACAAGCGUGGCUGCCUUCCCACCCAGCGCGGCUUCGACUCCUUCUUUGGCUCCCUGUUGGGGAGUGGGGACUACUACAGUCACUAUAAAUGUGAAGGGCCCGGUAUGUGCGGCUACGACUUGUAUGAAGGGGAGGAGGCUGCGUGGGAGCAGGACCGCGGCAUGUACUCAACUGUGAUGUUUACACGAAAGGCCAUCAGCAUCUUAGCCAAUCACGACCCUCGCAGACAGCCUUUGUUUCUGUAUAUGGCCUAUCAGGCGGUGCACUCCCCGCUGCAGGUUCCUGAACGCUACCUCGAGCGCUACAAGGGGAUCCCAAACCUGCAUCGGCGUAAAUAUGCAGCCAUGGUGUCCUGUUUGGACGAAGCUAUACGCAACCUCACGUUAGCGCUGAAACACUAUGGUUACUAUGACAACACGGUCAUAGUGUACUCCUCUGAUAAUGGCGGCCAACCAUUAGCAGGUGGGAGCAACUGGCCUUUGAGAGGGAGUAAAGCCACUUACUGGGAGGGAGGGAUCAGGGCGGUGGGCUUUGUUCACAGUCCACUGUUGGUGAACAAAGGGACAAAGUGUCGCUCUCUGGUGCACAUCACUGAUUGGUUCCCCACACUGGUGACCCUCGGGGAGGGGACGAUAGACGAGGAUCUGAAUCUGGACGGGUACGAUGUCUGGGAGGCCAUCAGUGAAGGACGCCCGUCUCCUCGCCAGGACAUCCUUCACAACAUCGACCCAAUCUACAUCAAAGCCAAGAACGGUUCGUGGAAAGCUGGGUACGGUAUCUGGAACACGGCGGUCCAGGCUGCUAUCAGAGUGGGCCACUGGAAGCUCCUGACGGGGGUUCCUGGUUACAGCGACUGGGUGCCACCUCAGACCUUCUCCAACCAGCGGCUGACCAAUCGCUGGCACAACGAACGCGUCCGCUGGGACCGGGGCAAGUCCGUCUGGCUCUUCAACAUCACAGCAGACCCUUACGAGAGGGUGGACCUUUCUCAGCGGUUCCCUCACGUCGUGAAGAAGAUGCUGAUCCGGCUAGCGCAAUACAACAAGACUGCAGUGCCAGUACGCUACCCAGCCAAAGACCUGCGCUCUAACCCUCAGUACAAUGGGGGCGUGUGGGGACCCUGGUUCAAAGACGAGAGGGAGCAGCAGGAGGUGGAAGAGAGGUACAAUUACCUGUUUCACAACCACCUGGGAAAAAGACGGUGGAAGAAGAAACCGACGAACAGGAAGCUGAAGAGGAAGGUAGAGGAGUAGACUGUUACUUUUGUGAAAGACUGAAACACAGCUUUUAUUUCUCAGGGAUUAACACUUUGUGUUUCCGGAUUCUCUUCCUCACAUGUUUUUCAUGUAAGUUUGAACUUGACUGCAGUGAAUACUGAACUAAAACCAUGCAGACAGACCUUCUUCAAACGCCUCAAGUAGAGCCCGACUGAUUCCUCUGCAUGUUUGGUCUGCAGAGGUCUAGCACAGAUAUUUGGGUAUUGGCGUGUGCACAAUGGAGGAAUUGCAACACAUCAGAGAAAGAAUCAAUAUGGGUUUUCAAAUCAAAAGUCUUAAUAAUUUCAGAAGCAAGACUCUAAAGAAUAAAAGAGGCCUUCUUCAGUUUCAGUUUCACACAAAAAUUGAAUUCUUCAUCUUUUUGCACAUCAGUACGGAGCUCCUUUGGGUAAAACACGUACUAUUGACAAGUACCUCACACAACUACGCUUUAAAUGAGAUGAACCGUUCUUCUAACUCUAAAAAGUUCCGUUUUUUUUCUUCACAUUGGUCCUAAUACUUCAUCAAAGUUUUGUGACAGAUGCCGAUAAAAACAUAUCGUUUAGGUCAACUUAGAAAUGACUCAGUUUGUCCAGCAGAAGGCCCUCUAACUUAUCUUAGCACUGUCUGCAGAGCAUGCAGCAGAUUAACAAUGAGUAAAUGCUCCGUAUGAUGAAAACAGCAGCCCUGUUAGAGAGUUUGCACAUCCACAUUAGUUCAACUUGUUACAGAAUCCAUGUAGACGAGGUCUUUUUCCAUUACUGUACAAAGAUUGAAGAUAAUCUAUGAUCAGUCGGGCUCUAUCCGUCAGAGAGAGACAUCCUCUCCUUCAAACACUACUGUCAUGCCCAGACACAACUGAAACCUCAUGUUACUGUUCGCGGCAUUCAAAGAAUGUUUAUUUUUCUAGCUCGUGUUGCAUGCUUGAACUGUUGUCACCUUCUGAAUUGUUCUGUAGAUUCUCUCGUAGAGUAGAAAUGUCUUUAGACGGUUGCCAUAAAUCUUGGUGACAGAGGAAUAAAGUGAAACAUAGUUGUAUUAUGUUGAUGAUUGCAGCGAUACCGUAUGGUGGAAACAGAUGUAGGAUUUAUGUGACGUGUGAGUAGAUGUAUGCUGGUUUUAUAAGCACAGACUGUCCGAACCUUUUAGAAUAACAGAUUGUGUUCCCUCUUUUAGAUGAUGUCUGGUCUGGCACCGGGCCAACCUGAAUGUAAGACAAACUAACAAAAUAAAAGCCCCAGACACAAA